AUGAGCAUCUUAGAUAGUGCCCGUCUGCUCACGGAGGAGGGAGAUCCGAAUGCCCUCGCUUCGGGUGCUGCCAUGGAGGUUGAGGAGGAUGACGACAUCGACUGGGUGAACGAUGUGUACAGGCAACUAAACGGUGCCCCAAAUCUCAACCAAAGCACGUGGUGGCAGCGGCUCAACAAGUACCGCGCCCUCGUCGGCCUUUUUUCGGGCGUUCUCAGUCUCUUCGGAGCGGGAGUGCUUGUGUGGUUCUCCAGCUGCUUCCCUGCUUUUUCGUCGUUUGGCGCAACCUGCACCACCAGCGGCGUGCUCGCGCUCGCCGCUGGUAUCCUUAUCCUUGCGACUGGCAUACUCGGAUGCGUCGCCAGCUGCUGCUGCAAACGUUCUUCCCCUUUGAUGUUCCUUGCCGCGCUGUUCUUCUCAUACGCAGUUCUGUGUGGGACGCUUGUGACCUACAUGACCUAUGCUCGGCUGCACGAUCUCAAUGGGCUGCAGGCAGUGUGGGCAAAGCUGGUGGCGGCGAAGCCUGGUGUGGUGUGCGACAUAGAGAAUAAGCUGGAGUGCUCCGGUUUCAAGAAAGGUCAGUGUUGCCGUGGCGCUGCUCUGAACGAAGCCCUGCUUCGAGGUGCCGUUAUGGAGCCUACUGCUUGCUAUCUCGAGGCCGCCAACGGAACGACGUUCGAUAUUGACACGCGCAAGGAGGUGGAGUGGCCGCACACCAUGUGCGCUUCGCGUUGCUCAGCUGAGAACGCCAAGUAUGGUCAGACAUGUGAGGCAGUGCUGACGUCGUUACUGAGAUCCAGGUUUUACUAUUUAAUCUUUUUACCGUCAUCAUGCACCGUUUUCUUUCUUAUUCUCAGCGGCAUAACCGUGGCGAGUUUACGAUGGAAGCCGCGCGUUGACAAUCGUAUGCUACACCGCUUCUAA